AUGUGCAUCCAGUACAUAAUCUCCGCAAUCUGCACCGCCGCCGCCUGCGGCGUGCCCCAGAAGGGCUGCCGGCGCGAACACGUGGUCGUGUCGCGGCGCGAGGUGUGCCACGCCGCGGUGCCGGCGCGGUGCAUGUGCUUCUUCGGCUCGUGCGGGCGCAUCGUCACGCACUUUGACGACAGCGACCUGGUGAACAUCGCCGAGGCGCCGUGCGAGGCGUGCGACGAGCUGUUCGUCGCGGAGCCGGAGGAGGUGCUGCUGCUCAAGAUCUUCGACGCCGAGUUUGCGGAGAUCUGGGCCGAGUUCUUUGGGCCGAAGCACGCUGAGCGGUGCACCGAGGGCAAGUGGCUGGGCAAGUAUGACGCUGAGCAGUUGUUGUUUUACCUUGAGGACGAGGAGGAGCCCUCUGUGAUGCACGACGAUGGCGACAUUGUUAUGGAGUUCUGGGAGGGUGCGCCUGUCGCUGCUGAGGAUGGUGAGUUUCAUGCCAUUGCGGGUGAGCCUGAUGCGACUGAGUUUGAGGGAUAUGGUCUGGAUGAGUUGUUUGAGUCUGCAGAGUGUCGCGCGGAGGAUAUUCCCCUUCCGUCGGACGGUGAGGCUGUGAUGUUGACCUGCGAUGGAGCGCAGCACGAGGACACCCACCAGAUUGAGAUUCACGAUGAACAGGCUCAGGGAGACGAGAACUAG